AUGGACAGCCCGAUGGAUGGGUCCGGCGGCCCGUCCUCGGCGCCGGGUUCGACGCCGACGGCUACGGCGACGACGCCUCACAGUGGUGUUGGGGUGACUGCUGCUGGUGGUACCAAUACCACCACCACCAAGUCGCCUAGCGUUGCGAUGCCGUUGGGGAGUAUUUUGGCGGCGAGCAGCAGCGUUGGUGGUUCGUCCACGACGAGUACGACGGUCUCGGCUUCGGGUGCUGGUGCUAGGAGGCGGAGCACGCCUGGUGGUACUACUACAACUACUCCCGGUGCUGCUACGGCGAAUACUGGCGCGACUGUUGUCUCGAGGCGGUCGCAUCCCAAGUCGAGGACGGGGUGUAGGACGUGUAAGAACCGAAAGAUUAAAUGCGACGAACACAAACCCUCAUGUAGGAACUGCAUCAAACACGCCGUCCCCUGCGACUUCCUCCAGUCCCAAAGACACUCCUCCUCAUCCGUCCCGCGCUCGCCGGGCAGCCUCUCGACCCCGGGAGGGCCCAUCAACGGCGACGACAUCGGGGCCGGGGCCAGGGCCAGGGCCGGUGGUGGUGGUCUCAGCCUCGGCAAUGGCGGAGGCAUCGACGACCUCUCCCUUAACCUAAUCGACCUGGAACUCAUGCACAACUUCACAACCUUUGCCUUCAACACGCUUUCGACGGACCCCGUGGUGCGGCAGAUGUGGAAGGUGCCCGUCGUCCGGCUGGCGCUCGAGUGCGACUACGUCAUGCGCGCGCUGCUGAGCGUGUCGGCGCUGCACCUCGCGCACAAUAGGCCCGAGAGGCGGGAUUUCUUUAUCAGCCGGGCCCUGACGUAUCACCAGAUGGCGAGCCGUACGGCUAUGGGGUUGAUGGGUGCGCUGGACGGGGAAAAUUGUGAAAAGUUGUAUCUGUUCUCGGUGUUGACCAUCUUUUUUGCCCUCGCCUGCCCGCGCAAAUCCUCAGACUCCCUCAUCAUGGGCGAGUCCUCCUUCCCAGACUGGCUCUUCCUCCUCCGCGGCACCCGCUCCCUCCUCAAAGAACUCGACCCGCACACCUACGCGGGGCCCCUGACCCCAAUGUUCAACCACGGCCGCGAGCGCUACAUGCACACCCGCGACGAGUCCAAGAUCCAGUCCGACCUGCUCGCGGACCUCCAGCGCCUCGUCAACAAAACCUGCGCCGACGCCGCGCUCCUGCCGAUAUACAACCGCGCCAUCGACGAGCUGCGGCGGACGCUGAGCGUGUUUCUGUGGGACGGCGGGAGGGGGAUGGAUAUCACGGACGCGUUUGUGUGGAAGUAUCUCAUGGCGGAGGAUUUCUUGCCGCUUUUGAAGAGUCCCGGGCACACGCAGGAGGCUGUGGCGAUCUUUUCGCAUUUUUGUAUUUUGCUAAAGAGGUUGGAGAAUGAGUGGUGGCUUCAGGGGUGGGCUACGCAUUUGAUCUCGAGGGCGUGGGCUGUGCUGGAUCAGGAUCAUCGGCUUUGGAUUCAGUGGCCUAUCGAGGAGCUUGGUUGGGUGCCGCCUUGA